AUGCAUCCACCGCUUGGCCCCAAAACCGCUCCGGACGAGCAACUAUUACUUUCAGACCAAGCUUCGAGGCUUCGCGAAGAUGUCAACAUCCUCCUUCAAAUCAUCACCCGCGCCGAGCAGCAGCCCAAUGUCGAUCGACUCCCCUUUCGCGCUGUAUUCGCCGCGUACGAUUCUGUGUUGUCGGAAAAUGGCAUCGAGGCCGAAACCGACCGGACGUACCUGCGCUUCCUGUUCCAGCUGGGGGGUAAGUCAGCACCCGGUAAUACGCUGUAUGAAAAAUUUGAGACGCUUUUGCUGCGGAACGGCAUUCGACUUGAGUAUGGUGAUGAGACGGGGGGGGGAAGAGAGGGAAUUGAACAGGGUCAUGCUGCGGAUACGGAAACGAAUGUUGCGCAGGUCAAGGAAGAGCGUGCCGGACAAUGGCUACCGAAUGGAUAUACCCCCAAUAAAGGACGGCGCUCUAGAAGAGCGUCGUUCAAUUCGAUAUACGAUGCGGCCAACGAAACUACAGAGAAGAGUAUAUGUCGACCCAGUUCACGAUUGUCAGUUUCGAGACUGGAUAUUUGUACAAGAGCCUCUUCUGCAUCCCCUAGCAGGAGAAGAGAGCCACCUCGACAUGCACCGGUACCCCCGCUUUUGGAAGUUGGGGGCAGGAUGACAGGGGACAAAGGUACAAAGAGGAAUAGCCGUCAUAAAUCACAGGCUGGUGCUACUGUAAUCCAGACCCCAGAACCACAAAGGUAUUUGGAUGGGCAGCAUCUGGAUCGGCGUAUCAAUCAUGCCAAACCCGAAAACCAUAUCAGACCAAAGCGGCUAUCUUUCGAUAGCAACGAGUCAUCUGCCGUUGAAUCUCUCGAUUCACCUCUGCAGGAUGAGGAUCCUAUACCUAGAGGACCACUACCCCCAGAACUAUUAUACCAGCCUUCUCUUUCCCACCUUCUUCAGGAUGCGUCUACAUUCAAUAUGUAUCGUCAACGGAGCGCGCUCCGACGAAUAUUUGAUGAAUGGGCGGCACGCGCUAAGCGAAAACAGCAAGUCUUUGUCGAGAUGCAGAACAUUGCAGUCAAACAUGAUGCAGCCACUCUCCAUCGACAAGCCUUCGACAUAUGGCGGGGCGCACUGCGACAAAAACGCCAGGAAUCCCAGAUGGAACGAUUCUUCAGACACCUGGAGAAACGAGCUUCCCGAGCUCGAGAUCUAUAUCUGCUUACGAAGGCAUUUACUCAUUGGGCACAUGUUACCUCGGAUGAGGUGAAGAGAACCUCUGCUGCGAGAGAGCAUAUCUUAUCCAUCAAGUAUUUCAAUGCCUGGCGGGAGAUAACGGCGGUAAACGAGAUGAAAGCCCAGCGAUUUGCGCUGAUGAAGCCAUUCAAAGCCUGGAAGUCAAAAUUUCAACUAAUCCAGAGAAACGAAGUCAAGCCUGAUGCAGUUUAUCGGGAAAACCUGAUCAAGUCGGCAUAUUGGAAGUGGUUCUGGUCGUUUUGUGACCGACGUGCUCCUCAAUGGAGGGAUUAUCGUCUAAAGCACAAGUCACUUUUAGCAUGGCUCCGCGCAUUGCGAACCCAACGGGAACUUGACCAGGAGAUAGAUUCUAGCAACAGACGGGCUUUGCUCCAGGCAACGUUCCAGAAAUGCUCUCAGAAGACGUGUACUAUUCUCUCAGCUCAUAAAAGAGCAGAGAGCCAGUGGAGGACUGGGCUCCUCGAAAAUUAUUUCUCUGAAUGGCGCAUUCGAACACAUCUGGAGCCGAUCGUUGUGCGAGUCUCCCGAUCCGUUGACGAGAGAAUCCUCCGCUCCUCCCUCAAGACAUGGGCUUUACAAGCGCGCAUGUCGAGACAGGCACGGGAAUUUGAUCGUCUCCGGAUCAUGCGGAAUGCAUGGACUACAUGGAAUGACAACUUGCGCUGUUUGGCACUUUCAGCACGCAUUGAUGAGCGUGUCGUUUUGCAGACGCUGUAUAAAUGGGCGCUGCUGGCACGGAUGCGGCUGAUGACAAGAAUCCAUGAGCUGCGGUUAAAGCGCGAGAUGUUUGAGAGAUUGACCUUAAAUUCCCGAAGUAUCUAUACUCGCCUUCUGUUUAAGGAGGAGGAGUUCCACGCCCAUCGCGGACGGGAACUACUUCGGUCGAAACUCCACGACUGGAGGGAGAAGCUUGCUCUCCAACGACGACGGGAGCAUGUCGCACAGGUAUUCUACGCGCCAAGGCUUGAACAGGAAACUCUUAAUGCCUGGAAGAAUCGUAUGCAACAUAUCGCGCAAAUGGAGGCCUGGGCAAAGGAUGCUCAUUUCUAUUUCCUGAUGACGAUGUGUCUUAAGCAAUGGAGCACAGCUACGGCGAAUUCGUCCAAAAAACGACGGCAGGGUGCCUACGCGACUGUCAGACGGAGGAUAAAGAAGAAUUUAGCCGCUCAUGCAAUUUCAGUUUGGCGAUCCAAUACGGAUGCUAUUGCACGGCUAGAACGCCAGGCCGUCGAGAUUGAUCGAAUGCGGUUGUUCAAAAUGGGUACGGAGGCGUUUGAUAAAUGGCAAGCAGAAACUUCACAGCGUCAAGCUAACAAUCGUGACGCGGAGAUAUACUACAAUCGCCAGCUGGUCUACAGCUACCUUACACGGAUGGUUGGGUCAUUCGUUAAAAUCCUUGCAGAGGAGGAGAAAGCUACACAGAUUUUCAAAAUACACGUCUCCACCGUGGCUGCAGCGCAAUUCCGCAAAUUGUCUCUACGCAUUUUCCAAAUCAAAGCUACUAUAGAAACGGCAGAUGCACUAUAUGAGCGAAAUCUCCGCAAGCAUUACAGAAAUAUGCUCCGGCAUUGGUAUGACAAAACAAAGCGACUACUAGAUGAUAAAGACAUGCCGCGUUCCUCUAUUCUUGGAGCUGGAGAAGCCGGUAGUGGCUAUGGCUACAGCGUCCUGGAAACACCAAGACAGCCCAUCGUCGACCCAUGGCCCUCGGUGGAACAAACUAUGAGUCCCAGCGAGCUGGGCCCGCUUACGACAUUCACUGCACAAACUCCGAUACCCACGCCCGGUUAUUUGAAUAGCCCGUCAAAGCGGGCUGCGCGGGCUAGAGCUCUGGCGCAAGUGUCUACGACUCCUGCUACGCCUAUUAGGACUCCAUUUGCGGCUCGGCUAAGGGCGGAGCAGGUGCGGACAGAACCGCGACGCUUUCCGGCGAGAGGACGUGUUAAUAUUCGGCGGAGUUCGCUGGGGGCUAAUGUACGGUUUGUUGACGAUAAGGAGGAAGAGCGUGGUGGUAGUGAUGAGGAUGGUGAUGUGGAUGAAGAUGAACCUCUCUCUCCUACAAUAAAAAGAUCUACGAAUAAACCCAACUAA